GGCACUGCAUUCUGGGUAAACUGUCUCAAAAAUUUGAAGAGCGCAUGCGUGGGCCAGCUUCUUCCUUUUACCUCGUUGCACUGCUGAGAGCAAGAUGGGUCACCAGCAGCUGUACUGGAGUCACCCGCGAAAAUUCGGCCAGGGUUCUCGCUCUUGUCGCGUCUGUUCAAACCGGCACGGUCUGAUCCGGAAAUAUGGCCUCAAUAUGUGCCGCCAGUGUUUCCGUCAGUACGCGAAGGAUAUCGGUUUCAUUAAGAAAGACCUGAGCUGUCUUCCUUGGCACUGCCUAUGGGGGUGACACCCAUCUCCUCCAUCAUGGCCAUCCUGAGACCGCUCGCGAAGCCCAAGAUCAUCAAAAAGAGCACCAAGUUCACUGGGAACCAGUCAGACUGAUAUGUCAAAAUUAAGGAUAACUGGUGGAAACACAGAGGUAUUGACAACAGGGUUCAUAGAAGGUUUGAGGGCCAGAUCUAUGCCCAACAUUGGUUAUGGGAGAAACAAAAAGACAAAGCACAUACUGCCCAGUGGCUUCUGGAAGUUCCUGGUCCACAACGUUAAGGAGCUGGAAGUACUGCUGGUGAGCAACAAAUCUUACUGUGUUGAGAUCACUCAUGAUGUUUCUUCCAAGAACUGCAAAGCCAUCUUGGAAAGAGCAGCCCAGGUGGUCAUCAGAGUCACCAAUGCCAAUGCCAGCCUGCACAGUGCAGAAAGUGAAUAGACAGUGAAUGUGUUUGUUUUAUUGGGGUUUAAAUAAAACCAAUAAAACUGUAAAAACAAAAACAACAAAAACCAGAGACCCUGGCUUUUGGACAGUUGUUCGUGUGGCUAAUGCCCCCAACAGUUUUAUUUUUAAAAAUUUUAUUUAUGUAUUGUUUUUGAGAUGAAGUCUUGCUCUGACUGGAGUGCAGUGAUGCAAGCUCAGCUCUCUGCAACUUCCACCUCCCAGGUUCAAGUGAUUCUUCUGUCUCAGCCUCCCAAGUGGCUGGGAUUACAGGUGCCCACUACCACACCUGACUAAUUUUUGUAUUUUUGUAGAGAUGGGGUUUCAUCCUGUUGGCCAGGCUGGUUUCAAACUCCUGACCUCAAGGGAUCCUCCCACCUCAGCUUCCCAAAGUGCUGGGAUUACAGGCUUGUAUUAGUUCAUUUUCACACUGCUGAUAAAGACAUACCUAAGACUGGGAAGAAAAAUAGGUUUAUUGGACUCACAGUUCCAUGUGGCUGGGGAUGCCUCACAAUUAUGGUGGAAGGCAAAAGGCACUUCUUAGAUGGCAGCGGCAAGCAGGAAAUGAGGAAGACAUGAAAGCAGAAAUCCCUUAUAAAACCAUCAGUUCUCGUGAUACUUAUUCACUACCAUGAGAAAGUAUGGGGGAAACCGCUCCCAUGAUUCAGUUAUCUCCCACCGGGUCCCUCUCACAACAUGUGGGGAUUAUGCGAGUACAAUUCAAGAUGAGAUUUGGGUGGGGACACAGAGCCCACAAACCAUAAUCAAGGCAUGAGCCACUGCGCCUGGCCUUCAACAGUUUUAAAGCAGCCUGCUUGCAUAACCUCUGCUAGGACAUCGUUCUUAAAAACUAUCUUUAAUGGUAAUUGGUGUAUUAGGGAUUUGGGUUUUUAGGUAGGCAGAGAAAAAACACUUCUAGUGGUAUGAUUAAGAAGCGUAUAAUAAAGUGUUUUAAUUUCCUCAAUAUUGACAAAAAUUGAAAAAAAGAGGCCGGGCACAGUGGCUCAUGCCUGUAAUCCUAGCCUUUUGGGAGGCUGAGGCAGUAGGAUGGUUUGAUGCCAGGAGUUCCAGACCAGCCUGGGCAACAUCAGGAGAUCCCCUAUCUACCAAAAUUAAACAAACAAAAAAACCCAAAAACAAUUAGCCAGGCGUGGUGGUGCAUGUCUGUAGUCCCAGUUUCUCAGGAGGCUGAGAUGAGAGGAUAACUUGAGCCCAAGAGGUCCAGGUUUCAAUGAGUCAUGUUUGUACCACUUAAAAAAAAAAAGGCUGCACUAUUAGCUGUUUCUCAGGAAGGUUAAUGUAGAACAUAAAAGGCUCAGUUUGUAGAUAGACUGAGUAUAUGUGUGUGUAGGAAUCAAGGCUAUACAGGGUCCAAAAAUUAGCCUAGAUUAUGUGUGCUAGUUCCAGGUAUCUUCUAUCUUUUAGAAUUUUAAAAGAAUAGAGGCAGAAAGUCACAAGCUUAAUCUAGAUGAGGUAAUUAUCAUUUAAUGUCUUGAACAUAAAGUAAUUUGCUAAAUUAGAAUUUAUUUUAAUUUUUUUGGACAUGGCCUUGCUCUAUCACCCAGACUGGCAUUCAGUGGCACAAACAUGGCUUAUUGCAACCUCAACCUCCUGGGCUCAAGUAAUCCUCCUACCUCAGACUCCAAGUAGCUAGGACCAUAAGUGUGCACCACAAUGCCCAGCUAAUUUUUAUAAAAUUUUUUGUAGAGAUGGAAGUCUCACCAUGUUGCUCAGGCUGGUCUGGAACUCCUGGGCUCAUGCAAUCCUCCCUUCCUAGUCUCCCAAAGUGUUGGGAUCACAGAGGUGAGCCACUGUGCUCAGCCAGAAAAUAAUUUAGAGAAGCCAGAACUGGCUUCCUUUGGUGAAAAUUCUUUGAGCAGAUUCCAGACUGGACCUUCUGACUGCUAUAAAUAAAUGGUGGAUUCCCAUUAUUUGUUUGUGGGACAGAAAUAUUGAAGGCCUGUAGAACCAUAAUGCCUUCCCCUUCCUUCUGUCACUCACCCACUUCAUUUCUCCUAUUAGGCCCCUUAGAAAGAGAUCCCUGAUGCCAGGCACAGUGGCUUACGCCUGUAAUCCUAGCAGUUUGGGAGGCUGAGGCGGGUGGAUCACCUGAGGUCAGGAGUUAAAGACCAGCCUGGCCAAUGCACUGAAACCCCAUCUUUACUAAAAAUACAAAAAAAUUAGCCAGGCAUGGUGGCGGGUGCCUGUAAUCUCAGCUACUCAGGAAGCUGAGGCAGGAGAAUGGCAUGAACCCGGGAGGCGGAGCUUGCAGUGAGCGGAGAUCAGGCCGCUGCACUCCAGCCUGGGCGACAGAGCGAGACUCCGUCUCAAAAAAAAAAAAAAAAAAAGAUAAAGAGAUCCCUGACUGCCUGUAUAGUUUGAGAACCACUGAUCUUGGGGCAAGGACUCAAAGUCUCUGGCUCUAGAAGUGGCUGGUGUGGACCUCAAGUGGACCCUGUUCUAAGAGUCCAAAGGACACAUUUCAGGAAGCUGUGCUCUAAGCCUAAAUGACCAACCUUGCCUUCACUUUGGACAUAUACCAUCUGAUCAUCUUCCUCGAUUUCUGUUCUUUGCUCAGGCCUUCCAAUUUCUUCGUGGGUGACCCCUCCUUACCAGUGCUUUGCUCUGAGUCAGCUCACCAGACCCAGCAGGCUGCCACUAAAGGUUUAUUGUAAAACCUUGAUUAAUUCAGAUAACCUUGAAAUACUUACAUAACAUCACUGACAAAUAGGAAAGGGAGUGCAUUUCCAUUGAUAGAGACUAUGGCUAGAAUUACUAAAGUCUGGAAAAAAGGCAGGAGAGUGAAGUAUCUGGAGACGUAGGGAGAGAAAGAGACUGGUGUUAAGAGAAAAAUCACACCUUUUUCCUGCUUGUAUCUUACAGUGGUUCUGCCACCAGUAAUGCAGGAUCCCACUGAUCUCUCUGAACACAUUUUAGGACAGAUCCAUAUUCGGGAGCUGACUUUGUAACUUCUUACUGUAUAUAAUCUAGGUUCGAAUGGGAUCACCAUAGGUGUGUUUAUGACCUUAACUGUAACAGCAAUGAAAUAAAAAAAAGGUUUAGUUUAAUAAUAAUGUUGUAAGAGUGUAAGUACCAGUAGCUUCAUGUACAUUCUACAACCCAAUAAUAAUUAUGCUGACCGUGUAAACAGCUCCCUCGUGUAGACUGAGACUCCAUUGCCAAAUAUCAAGCAUUAACAGCAAGUGCUAGAAAAAUCAAUAAGCCUUUACCCAGGGAACCAAAGAUAUGUGGGUUACUAAAACCCCUAACAGUUGCCCAUAAAGAGUAAUAUCUCAUUAUUUUAAUGCCAAAGGAGGUUUUUGUUUCAUUUCCUAAAUAAUAACAAGAUCGCAUAUUAAAGGACGAGUUGAUGGAGUGAUAAACAUUCCUGGCAGCACAGACAAAUCAACAAGAGACUAAAAUAAAAAGAAAUGAAACUUGUCUCUUGGCAAUCUACUUAGUUGAAUUUCAUAGACUGAGUCUGGUUCACCCUGGAUUUUCUUUUCACACACCCACACAUCCCAUUUCAUGAUGACACUUGUGCAUCUGUUCUUCUUUUGAUGGUAAUUAACUCUUAUUAACAUUCAUGAAGACUAAGUGUGAGCCUCUAGCACAGAUGACAUAUUCAGACAACCACAAAAAGAUAGGGUUUAUAAAAACUAAUGCAUAUUUGGAACUGAGGCCAAAAGAUAAAGAUGGUCCACUCCAACAGUGCUGACAUGCUUGAGAAAUCCAAGGGGUGUUGACCUAAUGUAAAAAGGAUAUAGGAGACAAAUUUUACCAUUGUGUAAUUUUGUCUUAGGCCAGUUCUGUCAAAUAUAGCUUCUGAAAUUCUGAAUAGUCCUCUGUCCAGUGUGGUUUAAUUGUUGGUGUUGUCAGGACUCUUGGGGAGAAGUCACCUUUCUCUCUUUUUUUUUUUUUUUGAUUCUAGCUCUGUUGUCCAGGCUGGAGUGCAGUGGUGCCAUCUUGGCUCACUGCAGCCUCUCUCUCCUGGGUUCAAGAGACUCUCCUGCCUUAGCCUCCGGAGUAGCUGGGAUUACAGGUGUGCACCAUUACAUCCAGCUAAUUUUUAUAUUUUUAGUGGAGAUGGGGUUUUGUCAUGUUGGCCAGGCUGGUCUCAAACUCCUGACCUCAAGGAUCCGUCUGCUUUGGUCUCCCAACGUGCUGGGAUUACAGGCAUGAGCCACCACGCCCAGCCUAUUUUUUUAUUUUUUGUAUUUUCUUUUGGUAAUCUCUUUCUCUUGCCCUUUCUUUCUUUCUUUCUUUCUUUCUUUCUUUCUUUCUUUCUUUCUUUCUUUCUUUCUUCGUUUUUUUCUUUGGAGACAGGGUCUCACUGUGUCAUGCAGGCUGGAGUGAAGUCGUGUGAUCUUGGCUUACUGCAGCCUCAACCUGCUGGGCUCAAUGCAAUCCUCCCACCUCAGCCUCCCAAGUAUCUGGGACCACAGGCGUGCAUCACCAGCAUGGCUAAUUUUUGUAUUUUUGGUGAGAUAAACUUUUGCCAUGUUGCCCAGGUUGGCCUUAAAUUCCUGGGCUCAAGAGAUCCACCUGCCUUGGCCUCCCAAAAUGCUAGGACUGCAGGCGUGAGCCACCAUGCCAGGCCAGGGAAAUCUCUUUAAACACAAUUUUCUUUAAAGUUUUCUACAUGGUCAGGAGACUUCAUUAUCUGAUUUCUGAGUACUAUAGCUUCUUUAUUGCCAGGGGAGCAAAGCGUGAUGACAAUGACCACUUGUCAUUUGUGUCCUUCAUUAUAGAUUUUCUAAAUACACUUGCUCCUUGUUAAUGACUUUAAUUUGUUCCAGAAAAUUCCACCACUGAGUUAAAAGCUAUUAAGUGAAAAAAUUCCAUUAAGUUUUCGGAAAAAAUUAUUUAUUCUAUGACACUACAAGGUACUUGAGUAAUUUUCACAAAAAGAAGAAUAUACUAGUUAAACUUUGAAAAAAAGCUCAUAAAAAUAAUUACAAUAAUUUGAAAGUAUUCUGACCUCAACCGGUAUAAUGAAUUUCAAUUCUUGCACUAAUUAGGGUUAGAGAAGACCCCACAAGUUAAAGGGCAUGAUCCCAAACGAGGUUGUCCUCACUUUUGAUGCCAGUCACACUUUGGGAGUCACCAGUCAAAUAGGCUACAAAUCUAGGUGUUUGGCUGGGUGCGUUGGCUCACACCUGUAAUCCGAGCACAUUGGGAGGCCAAGGCAGGUGGAUCACCUGAGGUUAGGAGUUUGAGAGCAGCCUGGCCAACACCGUGAACCCCGUAUCUACUAAAAAUACAAAAAUUAGCCGGGCAUGGUGGCAGUCGCCUGUAAUCCUAGCUACUUGGGAGGCUGAGGCACGAGAAUCGCUUGAACCUGGGAGGCAGAGGUUGCAGUGAGCUGAGAUGGCGCCACUGCACUUUAGCCUGGGCAACAGAGUGAGACUCGGUCUCAAUAAAAAAUAAAAAUAAAAUAAAACAAUAAAACCCAGGGGUUUCUGAAGAUUUCCUUCAGGUUUGCCGAUUUGCUAGAAUGACUCACAUUACUCAGGGAGAUGCUGUAUUUACAAUUGUUUUAUUAUGAAGGAUACAAGUUAGGACCAGCCAAUGGGGAGACACAUAAAGUAAGGUCUAGGAGGGCCCUGGAUGCGAAGCUUUCAUGUCCUGCAUUGUGGAAUCGGGGUGUGUCACCCUCUUAACACAUUGAUAUGUUCACCAACCAGGAUGCUUCGCCAUGCUUCAGUAUCUAACGUUUUUAUUGGGGUUUCAUUAUAUAUGUAUAAUUGAUUGAAUCAUUGGCCAAGUGAUUGAACUAAAUCUCCACCCUACCCCUUACUCUGGAGGUCAGGCUGACUCAAAGCACCAGCUAUCUAAUCACAUGGUUGUUCUCGCUGGUAACUGGCCUCCAUCUUGGGUCAUCUCAUCUUCCAGCCCAAAUUCAGGUGUGAUCCAAGAGGCUCAUGAAAAACAAAGAUAUCCCUGUUACUUAGGGAAUUCUAAUUAUUUUGAGUCUGCCUCCUAGGAACCAGAGACAAAAGCCAGUCAAAUUCUUUACUAUAAAACACAAAGCAUGUGAAAACAUACUGUGCACACUAUGUCACACAACAAACACAAGUCUAUUGAACUUGCCAAUGGUGGAGUGUUGGUUGGGGCACUCUGAGGGCAUCAUUCUUUGCAAAGUGUAUUCUUUCUGUACCAUUUUCUUGACCAAUUUUCACCUUUUCUGGGGAUUAUUAUUGUUUUGCACUCAAACUACUCUUAAAAAUAAAGUUACAGUGCAGGAAAACUUCUUUAGGGCACAAUAAAGGCUAAACUCGUGGAAAUGGUACUCAUUCAUCUGCACAGAAUGAAGUCUCUCAAGAUGUUUCCUUUUAUUCCUACUCAGUUGGUGCAUGUACCCAAAAUAAACAUUUUGAGUUCA